GUGGCGGCGGCGGCAGCGCGGUCGUCAGAAAAAAGCGCAAGAAGCACAAGAAGGCGCGGAAGGAGGUGGUAGUGGCGCAGACGCCGUUCCAACCCGCCCUGGACCCCGAGAGGGAGACCUGGGGCCGCAACGCCGACUUCCUCCUGUCCAUCAUCGGCUUCGCCGUGGACCUCGCCAACGUGUGGCGGUUUCCCUACCUGUGCUACCGGAACGGGGGCGGCGCGUUCCUAGUGCCAUACACCCUAAUGCUGGUGUUCGGCGCCGUGCCGCUCUUCUACAUGGAGCUCAUCCUCGGACAGUACAACCGCCAGGGGCCCAUCAGCGUCUGGAGAGUGUGUCCGCUCUUCAAGGGUGUCGGCUUCUGCGCCGUCAUGGUGGCCUUCUACGUGUCCUUCUACUACAACGUCAUCAUCGGCUGGGCGCUGUACUUCAUGGCCGCCAGCGCGGCGGUGGAGCUGCCGUGGCUGCACUGCAACAACACCUGGAACACGGAGUGGUGCUGGGAGUCGGGCACCGCGCCGGCCAACACCUCCAACCUCACCGGCCUGGUCGUCGGCAACCUCAGCAGUUCAAAGCUGCACCACUCGCCGGCCGCCGAGUACUUCCACCGCGGCGUCCUGGAGAUGCAGUGGAGCGAGGGCCUGCACGACGUGGGCUCCCCGAAGUGGCAGCUGGUGGUGUGCGUGGGGCUGGUGUACUGCAUGCUGUACCUGUCGCUCUUCAAGGGCGUCAAGUCCUCGGGGCUGGUGGUGUGGGUCACCGCCACCAUGCCCUACGUCGUGCUCACCAUCCUGCUCAUCCGCGGCCUCAUGCUGCCCGGCGCCCUCACCGGCAUCCAGUACUACCUGCAGCCCGAGCUGGCCCGUCUGCAGGACACGCAGGUGUGGGUCGACGCGGCGGUGCAGAUCUUCUACUCGGUGGGCGCGGGCUUCGGCGUGCACCUGUCCUACGCCUCGUACAACCGCUUCGACAACAACUGCUACAACGACUGCCUCAUCACCACCGCCGUCAACUGCUUCACGUCCUUCUUCUCCGGCUUCGUCAUCUUCACCUACCUGGGCUUCAUGUCGCACAAGCAGGGCAUCCCCAUCAGCAACGUGGCCACGGAGGGCCCCGGCCUGGUGUUCCAAGUCUACCCCGAGGCGGUGGCCACGCUGCCCGGCUCGCACUUCUGGUCCAUCCUGUUCUUCUUCAUGCUCAUCAUGCUGGGCCUCGACAGCGCGAUGGGCGGCAUGGAGUGCGUAAUCACGGGGCUGAUGGACGAGUUCCACGACUUCUUCCACGGCCGGCGCUACGCGCGGGAGGUCUUCACCUUCUGCGCCAUCUGCGUCAGCUUCUGCGUGGCGCUCAUCAACGUCACGCCCGGCGGCAUCUACAUGUUCCACCUGUUCGACAACUACUCCGCCGGCAUCUCCCUGCUCUGCUCCGCGCUCUUCGAGGCCAUCGCCGUGUCCUGGUUCUACGGCCUGGAGCGGUUCUCCCAGGACGUCCACGCCAUGCUGGGGUUCACGCCGGGCCUCUACUGGCGCAUCUGCUGGAAGUUCAUCAGCCCGCUCUUCAUCAUCGGCGUCGUCAUGUUCGGGCUGCUGUACCACCAGCCGCUGCAGUACAACGAGUACCACUACCCGGCCUGGGCCGAGCUGCUGGGCUGGGGCCUGGCCAUGUCGUCCAUCAUCAUGAUCCCCCUCGUCGCCACCCUGCAGAUCGUCAAGACGCCCGGCACCUUCAAGGAGCGGAUCGCCAUCAACAUCUCGCCGGUGGAAGAGCACGAGCACAUCCGGCGGACCAAGGAGGUGACGCGCUUCAAGGCGAGGCACUGGUUGUACGUGUGAGCGACGAGAGCGCUGCGAGCGGACAGCGGCGGGCAGCCGAGGCCGCAUAUUCACUGCAUUCACGUCGUUCAAACCGGCCGAGGCAGGCAGCCAGGCGGCCAGGCUCAGCCCUGCUCAGCCUGAGGUUCCGGCCGUUCCGGCA